AUGGUGUUACGGAAGCACGAGCUGGAGCUCAAGCUCUACCAAGAAAAGCAGAUGAUUCAGAACGGUCUUUUGCGGGACGAGAAUCCUUUGGAUCUCUCUGAUGAGUUUAACCAACUGGCCAGUCUGUGCGGGCAUUACGAGUUGGUGGAGCUUCUUUUAGAAUCAGGUGCUUUGGCGGAGCGGAACACCUUUCAGGGUGAGCGUUGCGUCUACAAUGCGUUAAACAACAAGAUACGCAACCUUCUGCUACAGUACGAUUUCAGCAAGUCCACCGACCCUCUCCAGGCCUGGUCGGCGCACCUGAACUCGUUGCUCUCGCGCCUCACCCCGCAAACGUCAGAUAUCACAGUCUCUACCAACGGACAGGGCUUUGGCCUUCACAAGUUCCUCUUGUACGCGCGGAGCCCUUAUUUUCAGAGGAAACUAGCAGCUGCACCGGCUACCGAGACGUGGAAGAUUCAGCCUUCGAUCCCCAUCGAAGCUUUUAGGAUUGUAACUCAAUACUUGUACCUACAAGAGGUGCCCCGAGAUUUAGUGGACGCUGGCAGCACGAGCACGGAGGAGGAGGUGCUCAAGGGCAUCGACAAGAUCACAAAGGACCUCGAAAUCGACACGUUGUGGGAGACCAUCCUGGCCAUGAACGACCGUCGCCUUGUGCGGCAACGGUACCAGGAUGAGGUGAAUAGGGCCCAGGAACAGAUUGAGCAGUUCUUCAAUACCGCUAUAGUAGGGAAUAAGAUGGUCGUUGAUGCCGACAGUUUGCACAAGGUGAAGUGGCCUCAGAGUAACGCCAUCUUCGCAGACUGCCUGCUUGCCGCGUACGAGGAAAGCGCACCAGUUUCCGACGAGAAAGAAAAGAAUGACAAUACAACAACUCUCCCGCCGCCGCCGGAGGGUCCCGCUAGCGCCAUCCCAGUUGGUCCCAUUGCUAACGAGACCGAAGCCGGGGGCCAAGAACCGCGCAAAGUCGUCCUCUACCCUGCACACAAAGCCAUGCUCAUCCGUAGCCCCUACUUCGAGACCAUGUUCUCGAGCGAGUUUCGCGAGGCGCAGGAGUCGGAGCAUCUCCACAUCAUCACGCUCGACUGCGUUCCCGAGGUCCUGGAAAUCAUACUCGCCUUCCUCUACACCGAAAAGGCCAACUGCCCUCUCGAGCUCGGCCUCGACCUGCUCUACGCGGCCGACAUGCUCUUCCUAGACAAGCUCAAGACCAAGGCAGCGACCGUCAUCAGCGCCCUCGGCAGCGGCAACUCCAACGUUCUCGUCGACCGGACCCACGCCACCGCUGAGAAUGCCGGCGCGGGCGACGCUCCGCCCGUGGAGGCGGAGCCGAUCAACAUCUACGACGUAAUCCAUGCCGCCUGGGACCUCCGCGUCCAGAGGCUAGAAGAAUUUGCCGCGCGGUAUCUCGCGUACCGCCUCGAGGACUACAUCGACGAUGACGAGUUUGCCGACCUGAUCCGGCAGAGUGCGGAACGUAUCCAGAAGCGCGAGGAGACGGACACCAUCGAGUUGCUCGACGAUAUACGCUAUUACUUGUCCGAGCGCUUUCGGUUGCGCUUUCAGGACGCUGGCUUGGAGAACAUCAUGGAUGAAGAGGGCGAGAUCGACGUGUCGCUGGCGGAGUCGUUGGCCAAUCAAGCCGCCCUGACGGGAGCGCAGGAGGUUGACCAAGGCGAUGGUGUGAUUAGGACGUUAGAUGGGGAGGUGGUGGAGGACGAGUUCGACUCGGAUGCGAUAAACUACCAGAUUCUUUUAGGAAAGAUAGAUGUCAUGCUGGAGAAGUUGAAGUUGGAUGCAUAG